AUGGCAGACGAAUCGACAAUCGCUGCUGCCCCGUUCGUGGAGCUCACAUCGAUGACACCUGUCCGCUCUGCGCCAGCAGCUGACGCCACGUCUCAACAUUCCGAAGACGAACGCAAGGACACAUUCUGUACGGACUCAGAACCAGCAAGAAGACGGAAUCCUUUUAGUAUGCUCUACUUCGCUGAAGCGGCUGGAUACAGUGCAAUUCUGCAAUAUGAAGAUGCUGAGUUCCCCAACAAAGACGACCUUUCGAAUAUCUGGGGAAGUAUUAUGGUGACGAUGUGUGUGGCAGGCAUAUUAUCCUUCGCGGUACACCCCAUCCUCUUGCAAAUACUCAAUCGCAAAUUCCACGUCAUUAUCAUUUGCAUGGCCUUCUACGGCACAGGUUUUGCAAUAAUGUACCUCGACUCGUACAAGUCGUACAAAACGCGGUGCUAUUACUGGGCUCUUGAAGGAUUGACUAUCACUCCUGCGGUCCUGCGUGUGGAGCUCAAAUCGAUGCAAACUCCGCGUUCUGACCCAACACUGUGCGGCCCCUCUGGGGGUCAUUCCGAAGACGCGGCCACGAAGACAUUCUGCAUUGCCCCACAACCCGCACGAAGGAGGAACCCUGGAUUGCGGCAAUGGAUAGCUGCUGUCAUAGGCAAGUUUAAUAUGCUUUACAUGGCUGAAGCGGCAGGGUACCUUGCGAAGCAGAAAAUUAUUUUUUCUCAAGAAGAUGACAUGCCAUCAAUCAUGAGAAGUAUCAAUGUGUCGAUGUGGGUGGCAGGCAUACUUUCCUUCGUGUUACACUCCAUCAUAUUGCAAUUACUUAACCGCAAAUUCCACAUCAUUAUCAUUUGCAUCGUAUACUACGCCACAGCUCUGGCUAUCAGCAUCGACACGGACAAUUCGUACAAAACUAAUUACUUCAUUUCUGUAUUAUGGGCUAUUGCAAGUACGGGCACAAUGAUGUUUGUCUCAGUGUACAUCAGUGAAACGACGCCAGACCACACACGUGGGAGGCUCAUUGCCCUCAAGACGUUGUUCCGAUACCUGGUGUUCUCCUUUUCCCUUUUGAAGUAUCCUCUCAUUCCACAUUGCUGGCUUGUGAUAGCAAUCCCCACGGUGGUUUUGCUGUCGUGUUUUUGGCUGCCAGAAACGCCGGUUUACCUCCUGCGGCGAGGAAAUGUGGACGCCACAAAGCAGUCUCUUCGGCGCUUGCACGGCAAUGCAGCGGACGUGGAACAGGAAGUGGAGAAGCUCCGGGCUCUUCUAAGGGCCACACACUCCGACACCAACAACACCACUGCAGCAAUUCGGGAGUUCAGCAGUAUUCGGACACUGGGUUAUAGCGGAUUGGCCAUUGUCUUGAGUCUCCUUGACUUUCUUUCUGGAAUUGUAUUAGCAGAGGGCAAUAUAAUGGUUCAGAAUAUUGGAGUGGGGAAAGGACAAUUAUUGCCGAUGCUUAUAAUAAACCUUAUUAUUUUCAUAUCCUGCACCAUGACUGGGCUCUUGAUGUGUGAUCGUAUUGGACACAGAAAAGCACUUCUUGUUUCGAUCGUCGUCUGUUCAGUGGCAUUACUCCUUAAUGGAAUAUGGUACUGGAAUGUUGACUCCUUCUGGGUUCUGAGCAUCAUUGCUUUGCUGCUUGCUGCUUUGCAUUUUUUUGGGUACAGCUUUGGAAUGAGUUUUCUUCCUACAGCCAUAACCAUUGAUAUUUUCCCGCCAAGUCUUCUUUACAUUCUCCUUGCAAUAACUGACACGGGUGCCACAUUGGGCGGAAAGCCGUCAAUUGGGGAAAAAAUAAGCAUCGAGAGGUGGGAAGAAUGGGAAAGGCGGAUAGAUGUCACAUCAAAUAGUCUGGUGCGCGUGUCCUGGUCGGCGUGUCUGUGGCGAUUCGUCGUGGGCGCGUGUUCUGUGCUGGGCGUGUAUUCUUGUUGGUGCGGCCGUUGUGGCGCGUCUGUGUGGAGCGCGGCUGUGCGGCGGUGUCUGUGCGGCUGUCUGGUGCGCGUGUCUGUGCGGCGUGUCUUGCGCGUGUCUGGUGGGCGGCGUGGGUCUGGUGCGGCGUGUCUGGUGGCGGCGUGUCUGGUGCGCGUGUCUGGUGCGGCGUGUCUGGUGCGGCGUGUGGUGCGGCGUGUCUGGUGCGCGGCGUGUGUGUGCGGCGUGUGUUGGUGCGGCGUGUGUGGGCGGCGUGUCUGGUGCGGCGUGUCUGAUGCGGCGUGUGUGGUCGGCGUGUGUGGAGCGGUGUGUCUGGUGCGGCGUGUCUGGUGCGGCGUGUCUGGUGCGGCGUGUGUGGUGCGGCGUGGUCUGUUGCGGCGUGUCUGGUGCGGCGUGUCUGGUGGCGUCGGUGGCUCUGGUGCGGCGUGUCUGGUGCGGCGUGUUGCGUGUCGGUGCGGCGUGUCUGGUGCGGCGUGUCUGGGGGUGUCGGCGUGUCUGGUGCGGCGUGUGGGGAAGUACGGUGAGCGGAGAACGCUGGACUUGUGGGACUUCUUGGUGGCAACAGAGUGA